AUGUCAAAUUUUGGUAGGAGAACAUGGAAUAAGGAGGAAUAUGCAGCUGGCUUGCAUGAUAAGGGACCACAACCAUAUACUGAAAAUGAAUUACGACAGCUGAAGGCAAAAUAUACGGAUUACAACAAACUAAUGCAGGAUUCUAUUAAAAAUUUGAAUCAGCGAACAUUGCAGACAAACGUGUCACAGUACAAGAAGGGUAAACAGUUUGGGUUUUACUGUGACCUGUGUGAUCUCACGUAUAAAGACACUCUGCAAUAUAUCAAUCAUCUGAAUCAUAAGACGCACGAACUCAAGUUCAACUCGAUAUUCAAUGAGGACCUUAUCCUAAAUAAAAGAGAUAAUGAUGAUAUUUCCACUGAAGAAUUUGAGCAAUCAUAUAAGGAGCUACUUAAAGAUUUUGUCAAGGAGAAUAGUACUAGAACAAGACAGGCUAAACAAGCAAAAAUUGAGAGGAAAUCGACUCCAACUAAUGACAGUAAAUCAGAGAUGGCACAACUAAUGGGAUUUCAGAAUUUCGCCACAUCAAAGAGGUAG